UUUGCCGAUUGGGCUACACUGUACCGCAGUCGUACCGUUUUUCUUAAAACACCAAUCAGUACGUUCAAUGCAGCUUGUUUCCCAUUUUUGACAGAUCGAAGUUUCACGGAAAACGGAAAUAGGCGUGAUAAAUUAUCGCAUACUUAACCGACCGAAUUUUUUGGUUAACACUUAUCAUACGGUGUAAUGUGCCAGUCAGCUGAGAGUUUGCUGCUCUAACUGCAAUUUUAGCUAAAGAAGUGGACUAUUCAUCAGAAUGUUUAUAGUUGGAUUAACCGGAGGCAUAGCCACUGGUAAAAGCACGGUGGCUGCUAUAUUCCGUGAAUAUAAUAUACCAGUAAUCGAUGCCGAUCAAAUUGCCAGAAAAGUUGUCGAACCAGGGAAACGAGCAUGGCACAAGAUCCGCAAAGAAUUCGGUACCGAAGUCUUCUAUGAAUCUGGACAUCUGGAUCGAACAAAGUUGGGAGAUUUGAUAUUCAACGAUAUAGAACUUAGAAAAAAAUUAAAUGCCAUAACGCACCCUGACAUAUAUCGAGAAAUGUGUUGGGAAGCUUUGAAAUGUUUGUUCCGGGGUUACCCCUUUAUAGUUAUGGAUCUACCAUUGCUCUUUGAGACGGGCCACAUGUUGAAUUAUCUCCAUAAAAUCAUAGUAGUCACUUGUGAGGAAGAUCUUCAGCUACAGCGUCUGAUGGAAAGAUCAGGAUUCACAGAAGCAAAAGCAAAGCUAAGAAUCGGAGCUCAAAUGUCCUUAGACAAAAAGGCAGAAAUGUCCAAUUUUGUUGUGGAAAAUUCAGGUGGUGAAUCAGAUACGAGAGAACAAGUUAUCAGGAUAAUUAAUGUCUUGAGAUGCUCUAAACACCACUGGAGACUCAGAUUCCUUGCAGGAAUUUGCUGCAGUGUGUUAAUAGCAGGUACUUACUGGCUCAAAACAAAAUCAAGUAAGCCACUACCUCCACUUUCAUUGUGAUGAGUGUCUACACUCACGAUUUUCACUGUGACCUAAGAAUAAUAAUUUCUAUAAUUAUAGUUAUUUAAACGUCGUCGACAUUUCCGUAAGAGAAAGAAAUAGGAAACAAAUCAUUUCUGCCAAUCAUUUAAAUUAUUGGACUAAUUUUUUGUCAGAACUUAGUAAAACUAAACUUUACUAAAGUGAUGAAUAACUUUCAUUUCCAAAGUAAAGCUUCACUUCUCAUGGGUUUUCAGUGAAAAUAUUUUCAAUGUAUUAUCAUAGUCUUCAGCCCAUCGGAAUCGAAAUUCACCAAUGAUCGGGUGGCUUAUGCUCGUAAAAUUAUUCAACUUCCUAUUAUAUUUUACGAGGUUGAGAUUUAGCUUGUAACAGGUAUUAAGAAAUAAUUGGGAAAAAAUUGGAUUUUGUUCCAGCAAACGGGUAAUUUUGAUCAACAAAAUAGCAUAAUAUAGUUUUUCAAAGUAAUAAUAACGAUUAGUUGCACAUCACCACAAAUACUGUUGCCAAAACGUGUCGUAUAAGUGACUAGUAUGCUCAUUCCGCUAUCGCAUGUAAAAAUAUGCAAUAAAAAAUUUUAUUUGAUAAAAAA